AUGCCGCACAUUAUGCAGAUUUGGACGAUUGGUAGAUCCAAAACCCGUCAGGUUGCGUGGAGGGUGUGGCAGUCCCGGCGGCUAGUAUUAGCAGAAGCGCUGGCAGCCCGCGGCCUCCUGGCUUUGUCGCCACUUGCAGGCAAAAAUCUAUCGAUGCCGGACAUGAUCGCAGAUCUGGACGAUGAGUUGAUCCGCAGCCCUUCAAAUUAUCGUGGGAAUGGCAGGCCACGGCGAGCAGGGGCGCGUUGGGCCGCCGAAAGGGAGAAGGCGUUGGCACCUGACCCUGGCGCUUCUUUCUGUUGGAUGAACGAUAUAACAAUUCUUCAGUUCUUCGAUUCUUCUGUACGUUUGAAAGAGUAA